GGUAUAAUACUAACUAACUAACCUUAGGCAAUUGCGAACUUGUCCCCUCCCCUUUUAGGGCCGUAAAGGCAGGUACUCAUGUAACCCGUGUUAAUCAUGUACCACGUAACCAGACUGGUCACUUCAAACAUUUCAUAAAGAAAAGAAACUUGAACCCACCCAUCAACUUUUCUACACUCUUAACUUUCUUUCUUUCAAUCUUCCCUUCACUUACGACUUGACGUUGACAUAAAACUUUUUUUGUUUGUUCUCACGUCCUAUUGUUCUUCCAAGAGGGGUGGCCAUUCCACUCCAACCCAUCAUUCGUGUGCAAAUCUCAGGCUCUCCCUUGCUACCUACUUUGAUCCCUUCCCUUCCUCUAAAGGUUUCACUUCUACAUCCCACGAUUCACUGUUUUAUGAUCCUGCAUAUCUGUUAGUCAGCUGGAAUUCUGAACAUCAACAACAAUAUUCUCUCAUAUUUCGUCAACUUUUCAAGCUACUUAGUUGAUAAGCCCGUCACAUUAGAACAACUGCGCUACCUACUACCUUAUACCACUCACUUCACUUUACUCAUCCAUCACAUCUUCGGCAUCUAACAAAGCUGUUACAACCAUGUUGGAACCACGCCACGGCCACGAGCACAUGGCAGGUAUGAGUAUGGAUGGCAUGGAUAUGUCUUCGGAUAUGCAUACAGUCUUCCAGAACAGCAAAUCCACCCCACUCUAUUCCGAUUCUUGGACACCAAACUCCACAGGCGCCUACGCUGGUACUAUUAUAUUCUUACUCGUCCUCGGUAUCAUCUUUCGACUUCUCCUUGCAGGCAAGGCACUCGCAGAGGAGCGCUGGCUCGAUAUCGAGAUGAAGCGCAGAUAUGUCGUGGUACAGGGCAAGCUUCCUAUCGCAGAACAAGUGUCGACCGACAGCCUCAGCAAGAAGAUGACUCUUACAGAGAAUGGUAUCGAAGAAGACGUCGUCGUGGUCCAGAAAAAGAAAACCCAUCUACGUCCAUGGAGAAUGUCGGUUGACCCCUUACGCGCAGUGCUGGAUACCUGCAUUGCCGGUAUUGGCUAUCUUCUGAUGUUGGCGGUUAUGACGAUGAAUAUCGGCUACUUUAUCGCAGUCCUCGGCGGUACUUUCCUAGGCAGCCUGCUUGUCGGCCGCUUCUACAGCGCGGAGCACUGAGAGGAAUAAUGGCUGGAGAGGAUGGGAUUGCCGACUCACAUGUCGCCAAGACGACAUACAUUAAAUUUUCAAUCUAUAAUACAACGGUAAAAGUACUGUCUUGGUCGUUUUAGAGCAGUGGAUAUGGUAUCCAUUCGGUUCUAGGCUGUUGAUAUCAGCCUGUAAAGGCCAAGGGGGGAGGGGUUAUGCUGUUAUUGUCAUUACGAUUUGAGCCCGGCGUUACGGACAAGGAAACAACCAAUCAUGCAAUUGUACUUGGAACGAGUUGAUGCUCUUCAAGAAUCGCAUCCUGUUUACGGAGAAAUUAAAGGUCAUUAUGAUGUCAGAUUGCUUGAUCUCUACUUUUGAAAAUUUAUCUGCUUAUAAUCGUGAA